CGUGGGGUUAGCCGGCUGCACGGAAGUGGUUUCGGUUCGGUCUGUAGUAACACUACCGUGUUAGAAAUGAUAGCUGCUGAAUUUCUAAACUGUAAUUACUACUGAUAAASGUGUUUUGUGUGUCAUUAAAUAUCAUUUACAUGUAAUUACGUUUAACACUUUCAUACUACCCAUUCAAAACGGAGGAUAGCAAGCUAGCCAACUUGUUAGCUAGCUUCAUAGUCAUCAAGCGGCCAUGCCGCCCUACUCUGAAGUGCGGAAAAGCAACCACUUCUACUACUUCAUCAAAUUCACACUAAAUGUCUACUCAAUGCUCUUCUCGCUCGUGGGUCUCUGUGUGCUKUGUGUGGGUGUGUAUGCAGAAGUUGAAAGGCAGAAGAAUCGAACCUUGGAGGGUCUUUUCCUGGCUCCUGCCGUGGUGCUCAUCCUCCUGGGCCUGGUGAUGUUCACUGUGUCGGUAGUGGGAAUGGUUGGCUCCCUCAGGGACAACAAGACCCUGUUGCACAUGUUCCUUUGUGUUCUUUGUGUAUUGCUUCUCCUCCAGGCAAUUGCUCUCGCUGCAGCUCUCAUCUUUGAAAGGAAGACAUCAUCAUUGUUUCAGAGCACCAUACGAGAAGGAAUUAAACACUACUACGAUGAUCUUGAUUUCAAAAACAUCCUGGAUUWUGUGCAACAAAAGUUCUCCUGUUGUGGAGGGGAUGAAUAUAAAGACUGGGGUGUCAAUCAGUACCAUUUUUGCAAUGGGACUGGUCCACUAGCCUGCGGGGUUCCAUACACCUGUUGUGUUCGACGUAAGGUAGGGGAGGUUAUCAACACUCUUUGUGGUUACAACACCCUGAAUGAGCAGCGUGAAACCCUGCAUGAGGUGAUUCAUGUGCGAGGCUGCAUCCAUGCAGUAAACCUCUGGAUGAGCGACAACAUUGGAAUAACUAUUGCACUCUGCUGUGCCAUUGGGCUACCACAGCUGCUGGGCAUCGUCCUGAGCUGCGUCUUCUGGAACCUGCUGGUGGACAUGAGCAAGUCGGCUGACAUGGUGGACUUCAAGCUGAAGAAGUCUGAGUUCGAGUACAGCGAGCUGGACCUGGCCGGUGCCGGCUGGUGCCUGUGUCUGCCGAGAGACGGUGGCUACCUGCCCGUCCCCGCCUCUGAGCCUGAGCUGGACCCCAUUGACAUUCACCUGGAGAAGCUGAAGAAGCAGCCGCCGCGCACUCACUCCCAGCUCAGAGAACUGCAGCAGUCCAGGUCGGCCAGCGGCUUGGACGAGGUGGACAUUGGCCGCAAGCAGAAAAGGGAACACUAAGCGGGCUUUUUCACCGUGUCAUGCCUUUUUGUUUGUUUGCUUUUAUUUAUUAAUUAUUUUUUGCCUUUUUCAGUUUCUGUAAUUGUAUUAAUUUAAUUUGUUUAAGUUGCGUUGCACUWCUCUAUGGUCGUAAGUCAUUGGAUCAAAAUGAAUCAUCAGCUGAAGGGAUCAGAAAUACAUUGGCACUUUGAAUUUGUUUACAACAAAAGUUUUUUAAAAAGGCUUUUGUUUUGUUUUUUAACUUGAUCUUGUUUAUCCCUAUAAUUUCAUUUUCGUAGCCUUGACUGAGCUGUCUCACGUGCUAAAGCCUACCUCAGGCUAUUUUGAGAAUAGCCCAGCAGUCAGAGGACAGUCAUUUUUGGGUUGUAAAUUCAAGAUUCAUGAUUGGUUUUUAUUGUGACAGAUUUAGGAUUAGCCCCGUAUGUUUUGAGUGUAUCGUCUGUGACGGAUUUAUACAGUUUGUGUAUUGUUGUUUUUUUAUCAUGAUUUUAAUUUUGUGCAAUCACUGUACAUUGUAAGACUGAUAGCUGUAAAAUAACAUGGGAUGCAUGUUUUGUACUGUAUAAGAUAUGAUUGUAAAGAAAAAAAGCUCAGCCUACAAAGGCUAUUUCAUUUAAAUGAUGUUUUUAUUCUUUCCAUCUUUCGAACAAUUGAAGGCAUUAUCCAUGUGACAAACCCUGUCAAAGACAAAUCUGACAGUUUUUGUAUGAAUUACAUUGUUUUGAGCUUCCCCAGCUCUUGCUUUGUAUCUGCACAACUGUUGUGAAUAAAGCUGAAUUUGUCUACUGUC